AUGAACGACAUCAACGCGCCCAACUCGCCUUAUUUCCCUGGCCAAUUCUUCUUCCACCGUCGCCUUGGCUACCGUGGCGUGGUUCUCUACCCGUGGCAGGCAGACCUCCUCGUCUAUCCUCCUCGUGCCACCCCGACGCCCAACCUGUCUGACAACGUUCGCGCCCGCCUUCGCGACGUCGAAACAGCCUCAACCACCACCGGCACUUUUUACCAGGUCUUGUGCGACCAGUCAGAUGCAAGCGCUUAUCGCCGGUGUGGCUUUGGCACUCAAACCUGGGCUCACGCCAACGCGGGCGUUGUCAUAAACACCGACUAUGUCGAUCAUGAUGACAUGGUCCCGUACACUCCCCCCGCCACCGCCCAAGGUGCUCUGGGCCACGGCCUCUACUCGACUUUGUUCCAAGAGACUCAAGAUGGAAUGGAUUUGCAGCUCGAGCCGCGCAAGGCGCUGCAAGAAUGGAUGCAGCACACGGACAAUGCCCUUCGUCACACAAAGGUGUUCCGAUGCACGACAAACAAUGUGCAAGUCACGGUCAUUCCCGUUUUCGAGGGCUUCAAACGCAUGCGCGGUGCCAAUGCUUUGGACAAACCCUAUUCGUGGUACUACAAAGUUAGCAUUCAAAACUUGAGCGAUCAACCCGUGCAGCUUUUGUCUCGGCGCUGGACCGUUGUCAACCACAGUGGUGAACGCGAAUACCUUUCGGGUCGAGGCAUCUUGCAGCAAUUUCCUCUCCUGGCACCAGAGGACUCGUGCUUCCAGUUUCUAAGCUGCAUCUCGCUGAGCUCCCCCCAAGGAGUCAUGGGCGGCCAUUUUACGUUUGUCCCGGUUUCUGAAACGAACGAGCGCGGUGUCCCCUUUCAAUGCGAGGUUCCCACGUUUCAGCUCCACUCGCCUUUUAUGAGAAUCAAUCAGAAUGAGACCGAGGCCCCCGCAACGCACUUCCAUGAGAGGGUGAGACAGAGAGAGAGAGAGAGAGAGAGAGAGAGAGAGAGAGAGAGAGUGUGUGUGUGUGUGUGUGUGUGUGUGUGUGUGUGUGUGUGUGUGUGUGUGUGUGUGUGUGUGUGUGUGUGUGUGUGUGUGUGUGUGUGUGUGUGUGUGUGUGUGUGUGUGUGUGUGUGUGUGUGUGUGUGUGUGUGUGUGUGUGUGCGUGUGUGUGUGCGCUAUCAACUGAUCAGGCUGGUGAAGAUGAGCUGGGCAACAGGCUCCUCACACAUGGCGCGAUUGGGAAACAUCAGCGUAUUGAGUGGCAACGACACCGAGCCGUCUGCGAAGCCCGGUAGCCGCCAAAUUCCCUUGUACAAUGGUCGUACCGGCGUGAUCUCAACGCGAGGCCGACGCAAACAGACAGGAGCUAGGCCGGCGGCAGGCCACACCGACGAGCCUGCUUCUGACGCCGAGACGCUCGAGCCAGGCACGGAAGGUUUUGAGUAUUUGCAAGCCAUGUACAUUUUCAAUUUCCGGGUUCUCGCUCGCUAUCCCAAUGAUACUGAGAUGCAUGAUCUGGCGCAAGCUUGCCAAUGCCCUGAAGCUGUUGUACGCAACAGCUAUGACGGUCUGCUGGCUUACUGGCUGCGGCAAAGGGUGGCCUGUGCGCGCGCCGCCAUCACCGUUCUCAGUCUCCUCCUUUUCGUGGCCGUCCUUGGCGCCAUUCUUGGACUUCAGACGGUGCGCUGUCCGCAACCUUAUUGCCCCACAAGGCCCUGUGCUGCAUCUUGA